AUGACUUGGAAAAAAUUGGUCAGCUUCCAGUUGGAAUAUGCCCCACAAUAUAAAAUUACUAAAUAUGUGUCAGAAGAAUCUCAUUUACAAUUAGUCCAUAUUGAUCACAAGACUUCUCCUCUGGUCCAAGGUUAUUUUGCUGUGGCUACAGAAUGUGGUAAUGACUCCGGUGUUCCACACACCUUAGAACAUUUGAUCUUCAUGGGCUCUCCAAAAUACCCAUAUAAAGGUUUAUUGGAUACCGUCGGAAACUUAUGCAUGUCAUCGACAAAUGCAUGGACCGCGACAGAUCAAACUGUAUACACUCUAACUAGUGCAGGUUGGACAGGUUUUAAAAAAUUGUUGCCAAUGUACUUGGAACACAUUAUAAAUCCUACAUUAACUGAUGACGCUUACGUCACGGAAGUUUAUCAUAUUGACCCAGACACUUUGACUGAUAAAGGUGUUGUGUAUAGUGAGAUGGAAGCCAUUGAAACUCAAAAUUGGUUUGUUACAAUGUUGGAGAAGCAACGAAUGAUGUUCCCAGAAGGCAAUGGAUACCGUUCUGAAACUGGUGGUUUGACAGAAAACUUAAGAAACUUAACUAAUGAGGAAAUCAAACAAUUUCAUGCAGAUUACUAUAAAAGAGAAAAUUUAUGUAUUAUAAUAUGUGGUAAUCUUCCAGAAGAAGAAUUGUUGGCCACAGUAUCCGAAUGGGAUAAUGAGACAAUGGAACCAAUAAACAGUGAGAGACCCUUAAUGAAAAGGCCUUUUGUUGAAUCUGGGAUAUCCCAAAUUCCCCAAUCAAGAGAUGAGAUCGUCGAAUCUGUUGUUGAAUUUCCAGAAUUAGAUGAGAGUCAAAGCGAACUAUUGUUUUCUUGGAUUGGUGAACCAUAUGAUAAUUAUGAAAAUGACUUAGCCACAUCUAUCUUGUUAGAUUAUUUAACAGAGACUGCCAUCGCGCCAUUUAAUAAAAUAUUAGUAGAAAUUGAGGAUCCAAUGGCAAAUUCUGUUGAUUACUGGACUGAUGAUUUCAGCAGAACAAUAAUAAAUUUAAGUAUUCAUGGUGUACCAACAGGAAGAAUCGAUGAAACUAAGGAAAAGGUAUUAGAAAUUAUUAAAACACAUAAAAUUGAUUUACCAAGAAUGAAACAAAUGAUUGAUAACGGCAAAUGGGAUUACAUACUUAGAUGUGAAAAAAAUGGUGAUUCAGUUAUAUCGCAAGCCGUUAUUACUGACUUCAUAUAUGGUGAUAAAAAUGGCGAAUCCUUGAAGAGAACAUUAUUUGAUUUGUCUGAUUUCGAUGCUAUUUUUCACUGGAAUGAAGAAAAGUGGCAACAGUUACUAAAUGAUAUUUUUAUUAAUAAUAAACCAGUUAUUGUUUUGGGUAAGCCCAGUAAAGCAUUAUAUCAAUUACAGGAAGACAGGCAAUCAGAAAUUAUUAUUGAUAGGGAAGCAGAAUGUGUAGCUGAUGAAAACAGAAAACCAUUUCUAAGAAAAUUAUUAGAUAAAGCUAUAUUGAAUAAUGAGAAAGAAAUUCCUAGUGAAUUAUUUGACCGCUAUACUAUUGAAGAUCCUCUAAAUAGUGUUGAUUUAAUUGAAACCCAAGGUAUCACACUAAUAGACAAUUUCAAAGAUAAUGGCAGUGAUGAAUUGACUAAAAACCUAUUAACUUUGAAACCAAAAGAUUUCCCUUUUUUCAUUCAUGCAGAGCACUUUCAAUCGCAAUUUAUUGAAUUUCAUGUUUUGGUAAACUCUUGGUCAGUAAAGGAUGUCGAGUUAUUGCCUUAUUUUCACAUUUUUAACGAAUUGUUUUCUUUACCAAUGAGUUUGGAUGAUGGAUCUAUAAUGUCAUAUGAAGAAGUUAUCACAAAAUUAAAGAAUGAAACAGUUGACUCAAAUAUUUCGUUAGGUUUGCAAGGUUCUACAACUGAUUUGAUUGAUUUUAGAAUUCGAUGUAAAUCAUUGAAUUAUAUGGAGGCUGUCAAAUGGAUUAAAUAUUGUUUGUAUGAUAUGAUUUUUGAUGAAAAAAGAGUUGGUAUUCUUUUAGAAAAUUAUUGUAAUUCUAUUGUUGAAUUAAAAAGAGAAGGUGACACUAUGCUUGAGUCAUUAAAAAACAGAUAUAUUUAUAAUACUAGAUCAAUGAAAAAAUCAGUAGAUGCUUUAUAUGUGGAGGAUAAACUUGAAUCGAUUUUAGAUGAUUUGGAAGAUGGUAAAUUUAGUUCAAAUAUUUUACCAAAACUUGAAGAAAUGAGAAAACAAUUGAGAGAAAAUUUUGCUAAUUACCAAAUUAUUAUUUUAGGUGAUAUCUCUAAAAUACUUGAUAACUUUUUUGAACCUUGGAAUGAUUUAAUAAAUGAACAUAAAAAGCAUAAGCCAUCCGAUAAACGGAAUAACGGUAUUCCGGAAAUUCCAAAGCACUUAGAAUUGUUAACUCCGUUAGGAAAUGAUCUAAAACAAAAAGCAUUUAUUAUUACUACACCUGCUUCCGAUUCAACAUACAUGAGUUUAGUAACGAAAGUAAAAUUUAAUAUGGAUUAUUCUCACCCAGAUUAUGCGGCAGUGUCUUUAGCAUCUGAAUAUUUACAAUGUGUUGAAGGUCCUUUCUGGAAAGGUAUCCGUGGUGCAGGUUUAGCCUAUGGUGCGAACAUGAUGGGUCAAACUGAGAGUAAUAUUUGGGAAUUUAGUAUCAUGAGAGGUACAGAUAUCAUUAAAUGUUUCGAAAUUGCAAAGAAAAUUGUUAAUGAUUAUGCAAAUAAUGAAUUGAACUUUGAGCCAAAAUUAUUGGAAGGUGCAUUGAGUAGUAUCAUUAACAGAAUAGCAACUAUGGAAAGUAGUUAUUUCAGUUCAGCGAUUUCUAAGUAUAUUGAUCAGUUCUUGAGAAAAAGGGGAACUGAUUUCAACAUAAAAUAUCUUGAAAAUUUGUCCAACGUUGGAGUCGAUGAUUUAAGAUAUGUCACAAAGAAAUACUUGACAAAUCUAUUUGAUGUCAAGAAUGGCGCUGUGUUUAUUAGUUGUCAUCCGAGUAAGUUAGAAGAAAUUCAAAAGUAUUUAAAAGCUAAUAAUUACGAAAUUGAAGUUGAAGAGUUAGAGGACGACGAAGAUGAUGACAAUGAGGAAGAUGAGGAAGAUGAUUAA